AUGUCCUUAUCCACUACUAUUCCUCCCUCUACGUCAUCUGGAGCACCAUCUGGAGCACCAUCUGGAGCACUAGAUAAAAAUGACCACUGGCUUUUGAACACCCUAGCCACCGCGGUGCCAGGGACUAUUGGUGUAGUGAUAAUUGUGUUCAAUUUGAUUGGAAAUUUCGGGAAUUUCAAUGUUAUCGCAGCGACGUGGAGGAGUAAAAACUUGCAGUCAAAACACGGCUGGCUCCUGGUAAUCCUUUGCUCGGAGCACUCCCUCUGCCUUCUAUUCGAGUUCAUCAAUGUGUACUUCGCUCUCUCAGGUGUCCAAAUCACCAGACGGUCUUGUCUUCUAUACCUAUCCCCUUAUAUUUUUAUAAGUUUUCUGCAAUCCACUACUUUUAUCGCGUUGGCUAUUGAUGUCUUACUGUCGUUUACGGUAGUCAGCCGAUAUCAGAAAUGGCAGACGACGGGUUACUGUAGUGUGAUGGCGUUUAGUCCGUGUGUACUGCCGAUUGCGUUUUUGACAAGAUUAUGGAGUCAGGUAUCCGACGAAAUAAUUUUCCUCUGCAAUCCCCCGUUAUCUAUGGAUGCAAAAGCAGUGAAUAUCUGGGGUGGCUUAAUUUCCUCUAUUAAUAUCACAAUUUUAUUGAUCUACGGAUAUGUUUACUUUUAUUCUCAUCAGACAAAAAAACGAACAUCGGACUCCAAAAUGGCGGAAAAAAUAAUGCGUUCUCUGACUAUUCUGGUGAUGGUAUUUUGCUUCUCAUGGGUCACUUGUAUGGGUAUGGUAUUCCUUGUGGACUAUUUUACCGAGAACCCAAUUAUUAUUAUGCUGGUUAGAAGUUAUGCGGUCAUCUUUGCUGCUAUAUCAUACUCACAAACGUUUUAUGUAUAUUAUAUAAGAUCUGAAAUGUAUCGGAAGGAAUUUAAGAAACAAAUGUGUUGUGAGAAGGCGGAUGCAGCUAGUGGGGGAUCCGUGAUAAGGAUUGUGUCACGGUCUACUAAUAUUUAA